UUUCUGUUCAGGUAAUAAAAUAGAAAAUUUUGAAUAGUUGUAAGACUAAAUUUAUAAUUAACCCGUCUGACUAAAUAUAGACCCUUUCUGGCAUACAGCUCUCUCUCUCGCUCUCUCUCGGAAAAGGAGCUUUCAUUUAGACUAGAAAGGAGAGACUCGCGUCACUUAUCAGAGCUAGCGAUUGGAUCUUAUCGCUAUUCCCUGAUCUUCUUUCAUUCUUUACUACCUAUAGAUAGAGAAUCAGAGAUGGGGCUUUCCUUUGCGAAGCUAUUUAGCCGGCUUUUUGCCAAGAAGGAGAUGCGAAUUUUGAUGGUGGGUCUUGAUGCUGCUGGUAAGACCACUAUUUUGUACAAGCUCAAGCUUGGAGAGAUUGUCACCACUAUCCCUACCAUCGGAUUUAAUGUGGAGACUGUGGAAUAUAAGAACAUCAGCUUCACUGUUUGGGAUGUUGGUGGUCAAGACAAGAUCCGCCCUCUGUGGAGGCAUUACUUCCAGAACACUCAGGGUCUUAUAUUUGUGGUGGAUAGUAAUGACAGAGAUCGAGUUGUUGAGGCAAGGGAUGAGUUGCAUAGAAUGUUGAAUGAGGAUGAACUGAGAGAUGCUGUCUUGCUUGUGUUUGCCAACAAACAAGAUCUUCCAAAUGCGAUGAAUGCUGCAGAAAUAACUGACAAGCUUGGGCUUCAUUCUCUCCGUCAACGCCACUGGUAUAUACAGAGCACAUGUGCAACAUCGGGAGAGGGCCUUUAUGAGGGGCUGGAAUGGCUGUCCAACAAUAUUGCGAGCAAGGCUUGAAACGAACUCAAGGAUUCUGAUGGUGUUGUAGACUUUUUGAGACCUGCGAGUCUGGAAAGCCAAGCUUCCCUUCUGUUCAGUGACUGUUGUAAUAACAGAAUGGUUUGUUUAGAUCUACUUUACCUGAAGUGUGGGUUUGAGUAAUAUUUCUUAGCUAGUACAUUUAUCUCUUCAAACAUAAUUAUAAAAGAACUUGGCACGUUUGGCAAUGGCGACUUGAGUUUUGUUUU